GUGAGAACAACGAGAUACAUAUUUUAGUAUUAGCCUAUUAUGUGUUCUGUUCAAUUAUGUAGAUGAGACUCAGUCUCGGUCCCAAUUCUCUUAGAUUACCUAAAUGAGCAAUUGUCUUAAUUGAUCAAGACCAUUGGGUAAAGGCAGGCUUAGUUUUACAGCACAGCAGACAAAUUGAGACAGGAUGUUGGCGUUGUACGGUGACAGUUUGUUGUGAAAGUGUGUAAUUACUAUGACCUGAUGAACGAUUUUUAGAAUCCCUUUUACUCCAUUAUUGAUGAGCAGCUAUUAUCACCUAUGUCAUUAAUUAUAAUUAUUUACGUAUAGCAUUAUAAUUAAGCAAUAAGGUGUGGUAUAUGGCCAAUAUACCACGGCUAAGGGCUGUUCUUAUGCAUGACGCAACACCGAGUGCCUGGGUACAGCCUUUAGCCGUGGUAUAUUGGCCAUAUAUCACAAACACCCGAGGUCCCUUAUUGUUAUUGUAAAUUGGUUACCAAAGUAAUUAGAGCAGUAUAAAUACAUAUUUUGUCAUAUCCGUAGUAUAUGCGGUCUGAUAUACCAUGGAUGUUAGCCCAUCAGCAUUCAGGGCAUGGACCACCCAGUUUAUAAAUAUGCUUAUAAUGCAUUAUGAAGAGGGCAUUCAUAGAGUUGUAUUCUAAAAAAUAAAAUAAAAAUGUAUUUCUUUAAAACAACAAUACAGUACAAAUGGCCACUCCCAUUAGCGGGCGCUCUGGUCAGUGGGUGCGCUCACCCCCACCGAGAUGCCGUCAAGGCACUGCCCCCAGCCCAAAGGGAUUUUCCAAGGGCGGGAAAAACCAAGGCUGGCCACUUGGAAGCGAGCACACCCGUAACUACCAAGACCAGAACACACACCGCUCAAAGCAUCAAAACAAACAAUAAUCCCAUCCCCGCCCUCACCACUGAUUGGAGAACCUUAAACUUUUAUAUUGUACAUACAUUUGUAGACAGAAUUAUUCCAACACUUGUCAAUUCCACUCUUCAAACAGCCACAGAUCAACCCAUCUUUCCCAAUAAAUCAUAAUUCUACCAUUUCCUCUCACAAUACAUCCCUCCAUUCUCCUAUGGUGUCUCACUAGGGACUUGAACCUUCCCAUCUGCAACAUUUCUGCCAAAAUUGCCCCAAAAAUAAUAUUUUUACCCAAGAGCACAAUGAUAUUUCCCAUUAACUUACUGUUGUCCUUCACAUCCCCCAGCAAUACAGUUUGCAGGUUCAACUUCACCCUGAUAUUAUGGCAUAACAACCAUUCCUGGACCAGACUCUAAGAACAAGCACCUGAUGGACAGCACCAAAAGAGAUGCUCUAUUGAUUCUGUUUCAUCAUGGCAGUCUGCAGCACUCUGACUGUUGAAUACCCCAUACACUGAGCAUUCUUUUUGAAGCAAGAAUUGUAUAUAAUAGCUUAAAUUUAAAAGAACAAAUUGAUGGAUCAAUUAUCAUUUUAUAUAUCAGUUCAUAAACCCAAUGCCAUGGUAUUGGGACAUCAAAAAUCUGUUCCCAACUACAGCAUCUUGAAUUUUAUGCGGCAUAGUUGUCAACCCUCUUGACCGUAAGUGAAACUGGUACAUUUUAUGAUUUAUAUGACUCAUUUUAAGCCAUUUAUGACUUUUAUUUGGUGGCAGACAAACUAAUUAAUUGCCUUCUCUUUUAAGUAAUUUCCUUUUCCAUUUUUGUGGCAGAGCUGCGAUGAGUUGUUUAUAAUUUUCUAUUGAGAAUACCUAGAGCUGGCCGCCCGGGCCAAACCGAGCAAUCAGGGGAGAAGGGCCUUGUUCAGGGAGGUGACCAAGAACCCGAUGGUCACUGACAGAGCUCCAGAGUUCCUCUAUGGAGAUGGGAGGACCUUCCAGAAGGACAACCAUGUCUGCAGCACUACACCAAUCAGGCAUUUUAUGGUAGAGUGGCCAGACGGAAGCCACUCUUCAGUAAAAGGCACAUGACAGCCCGCUUGGAGUUUAAAAGACUUUGAGGACUCUCAGACCAUGAGAAACAAGAUUCUCUUGUAUGAUGAAACCAUGAUUGAACUCUUUGGCCUGAAUGUUAAGCAUCACGUCUGUAGGAAAACAGGCAAAAUCCCUACGGUGAAGCAUGAUAGUGGCUGCAUCAUGCUGUGGGGAUGUUUUUCAGCAGCAGGGACUGGGAGACUAGUCUUGUACCCGAUCGAACAUCUCUGGAGAGACCUGAAAAUAGCUUUGCAGCGACGCUCCUCAUCCAACCUGACAGAGCUUGAGAGGAUCUGCAGGAGAAGAAUGGGAGACACCUCCCAAAUACAGGUGUGCCAAGCUUGUAGCGUCAUACCCAAGAAGGCCUGGGCCUGUAACCGCUGCCAAAGCUUUGAAACUCAAAGAAAUGGCCUGGUGUUCAUUUAUGACAUGGCGGGCUCCAACUAUACCAACUUUGAGCUGGACCUCAGCAAGAAGAUUCUCAACUUACUCAAGGGGGCUUUUCCUGCCAGGCUGAAGAAGGUGUUGAUAGUGGGCGCCCCUGUCUGGUUCCGCGUGCCCUACAACCUGCUGAGCUUGCUGCUUAAGGAGAAACUCAGGGAGAGGGUCCAGAUGGUCAAAAUGUCCGACCUCCGCCAACACCUCCCCCGGGAUUGUCUCCCAGAGCACCUGGGGGGGCUGCUGCCCCUGGAUGCCCACGGCUGGAACGAGCAGCUCCUGGCUGGGCAGAAAGGCCGUGUGGACCUAGUUGACGAGCUGGUCGGCAUCCCACUGGCGGACUCGUCAGUCCACACCCCCGGGCUGGAGGCCAUGUGCCUGCAGGAGUUCAUGGCCCACCUGGGCAGGCUCCAGCGCUCUGGCAUUCACCUGGAGUACGUGGAAAUCCGCAAGGAGCAACCGCCAGGGACCUUCCACUGUGCCCUUACUGCAUACAACCAGGAGAGGAAUCGCUAUGGGGAUGUCCUGUGUCUUGACCAAACAAGAGUUUGUCUGAAAACUAGACAAAACGAGAGAUCGGACUACAUCAACGCCAGCUUCAUGGAUGGCUACAAACAGAAGAAUGCGUACAUCGGUACUCAAGGACCACUGGAGAAAACUUAUGGUGAUUUUUGGAGAAUGGUCUGGGAGCAAAAUGUGCUAGUCAUUGUCAUGACAACAAGGACGAACGAGGGCGGUCGGAAGAAAUGUGGUCAGUACUGGCCUCUGGAGGAAGGUGGACAGGAGGUGUACAGUCACAUGGCUGUGGUCAACCAGAGAGUGGACAACCACUCCCACUACAGCCAGACCACCCUGGAGCUGUACAACAUGGAGAAUUGUGAGCAAAAGCAGGUGACCCACUUCCAAUACCUGAGCUGGCCUGACUAUGGCGUCCCCACUUCGGCCUUGACGCUCAUCGACUUCCUGGGGGCCGUCAAGAGGCAGCAGAGACUUGCGGUGAAGGGCAUGGGACCCCGGUGGAGAGGCCACCCCCUGGGACCCCCCAUGGUGGUUCACUGCAGUGCGGGCAUAGGCAGAACAGGUACCUUCUGUGCCCUGGACAUUUGUCUGUCCCAGUUGCAGGACAUGGGGACACUCAAUGUGUGUCAGACGGUGCGGUGGAUGAGAACGCAGAGGGCCUUCACGAUCCAGACCCCCGACCAGUACUACUUCUGCCACAACGCCAUCCUGGAGCAUGCUCAAAGACAGGGCCUGCUCUCAGCCAGUCAGUGAUGCCAAGGGGGUCGCCUUGUAGUUCUCGCAGCCAAUCAGUGAUGCCCUGAGUGUUGUUCUCGCAGGCAAUCUGUAAAUCCAGCUGACACUUUGUAGCCAAUCAGCAUGUCUGCUUCUAGGGAUUACCAUCACUUAUUCUACCCGUUAAGAGGCCUCUAAGACAGACUCAUUCUUCCUGACUCUCUCACAUUUUAACGACUAGUAAGACUGAUUUGUAGUAUCUCAAGAAGUCACGGUUCAAGUUGUUGUUUUCUAUGAAUGGACCACCAUUUAUUUGUUUUGGUAGUUUGGGCAAUGUAAAAUCCCAUGUCCUACCAAAUAGAAAUCGUUUAGCUACAUUCAAGUCUACUUUCCUAUAUUAUUAGUUCUAUGUCCUCACUGAAAUCUGUAUUUUUAUUUUGUCAAUAAUAUCCACAUAGGGACGGUGAGCCAAUCUUGCAUUGUUCUUGGAAAACUCAAGAGGAACAUUUCGUCUUGACUUAAACUUCUCCUGGAGCUGAUUCAUUCGGAUGGCUACUUGUAGAAGUUGUCCUGAUAUGUAUGCAGACUUCUCAUCUUGCCCUACUUCCAAUCCAAGCCUCAACCACGAUAAAAUGCAUAGAUUACCUUAAGUUCAACUUAAAGUAAUGCUACACCUUAAAGAAAUUUCGAGCUGCUGAUAAUGUUGCCAUUUCAAUGCAUUUCCUGCAGAUUGAAGAAUUAAGGGCUGCCCUCACAACAGACUUCAUUAAGUUAUUCACAUUGGCUGUUCAAAUUUGUUGUGAAAGCCUUGUGAUCAUGACAUUAAAUGUUUGGUCACCGCAAUAGUAUGCUUCAGUGAGACUCUGUCAUGUACUUCUGUUGAGCCGCCAAUGCUGCGAUGAACAUGAUGUAGGAAGGCCAUAACCAUGCUUCCGCCUUAAGACCCCAGUAAUGUGCAAUAUACUUUUAAACACAGCCAUGUUGAAGCACUUUGAAAUGGCUCUUCCCAUCGUGCUUUAGGAUAUUGCAGUUUUUGUGGUGGUAUAGUGCAUUUAAGGUCAAAUUGCAAUUAUGGGAGGUUCUAAACAUGUGAUAUAGGCAUAACUUGAUUGUUACUGUUGAUUGGACCUUUGACUUUCAGGCUUGUCUGAUAGUUCAAUGGACACUUAUAGAGGACUACAUGUAGAAUAUUACCGUUCCCAUUGCUGAACAGUGUGUGUGCAUCAUAUUACAUGAUAUCUUGUUGGAUGAAAGAAUUUGUUCUUUGCUACUGAAUUCAUAUUGAAUUUGCUUGUAGUGAAGCCUGCCAUCCUCGUACACUCUUACUGAUUUUAGAAUGAUUACUUUCAAAGAAGGACAGUGUGACCAAUUGUAUUCUAUUGUAUUAAACAACUUUUUCUUACAGGUAUUCAGACUUUAAAAGUACACAUUAAAAUUGCAUUAUAUUUG